CUGACGGCGUCUUGUCCUCUUUCUACAGGUGGCCCACCGGCUGCUGAGUCCAUUGCUGCCCCGGGAACCAGUUAUGCGCCUUGCUCGCUGCUACUGACCAUGACCAUGACCCUUCACACCAAAUCGUCUGGAGUGGCUCUGCUCCACCAGAUCCAAGGCAAUGAGCUGGAGCCUCUGAAUCGCCAGCAGCUGAAGAUUCCCCUGGAUCGACCCUUGGGCGAGAUGUACGUGGACAGCAACAAAACAGGGGUCUAUAACUACCCAGAGGGGACUGCUUACGACUUCAAUACAGCCGCUGCGCCAGUCUAUGGCUCGUCCAACCUCACUUAUGCCCCUAGCUCGGAGACAUUCAGUUCCAACGGCCUGGGGGGGUUCCACUCUCUGAACAACGUGUCUCCAAGCCCGCUGGUCCUGUUGCACCCACCGCCCCAGCUCUCGCCCUUUUUGCACCAUCACAGCCAGCAGGUGCCCUAUUACUUGGAAAAUGAGCAGAGUGGCUAUGCCAUGAGAGAGGCCGCCCCCCAAGCUUUCUACAGGCCAAGUUCAGACAACCGGCGCCAGGGUGGUAGAGAAAGAUUGGCCAGUGCUGGUGACAAGGGAACCUUGGCCAUGGAAUCCACCAAGGAGACUCGCUACUGUGCAGUGUGCAAUGAUUAUGCUUCAGGCUACCAUUAUGGUGUCUGGUCCUGCGAGGGCUGUAAGGCCUUCUUCAAAAGAAGCAUUCAAGGUAAUAGGCAUAAUGAUUACAUGUGUCCUGCGACCAACCAGUGUACCAUUGACAAGAACAGGAGAAAGAGCUGUCAGGCCUGUCGGCUACGAAAGUGCUAUGAAGUGGGCAUGAUGAAAGGAGGAAUCCGGAAGGAUCGCCGAGGGGGGCGUAUGUUGAAACAUAAACGCCAAAGAGAUGAUCAGGAUGGAAGAAAUGAAGCAGGUCCCUCGACUGACAUGAGAGCUUCUACCCUUUGGCCAAGUCCUCUCUUGAUUAAACAUACCAAGAAGAACAGCCCAGCCUUGUCCCUGACAGCUGAACAAAUGGUUAGCGCCUUGCUGGAAGCUGAGCCACCAAUACUUUAUUCUGAAUAUGAUCCAAAUAGACCUUUCAGUGAAGCUUCAAUGAUGACUUUAUUGACCAACCUUGCAGACAGGGAGCUUGUUCAUAUGAUCAACUGGGCGAAGAGGGUGCCAGGUUUUGUGGAUUUGACACUCCAUGAUCAGGUCCAUCUUCUAGAAUGUGCCUGGUUAGAGAUCCUCAUGAUUGGCCUUGUUUGGCGCUCCAUGGAACAUCCAGGAAAACUUUUGUUUGCUCCUAACCUAUUGCUGGACAGGAACCAAGGGAAAUGUGUGGAAGGUAUGGUGGAGAUCUUUGACAUGUUGCUGGCUACAUCCUCUCGCUUUCGAAUGAUGAAUCUCCAGGGGGAAGAGUUUGUGUGCCUCAAGUCCAUCAUCUUACUUAAUUCUGGAGUGUAUACAUUUCUUUCCAGCACUUUGAAGUCCUUGGAAGAAAAAGACCACAUUCACAGAGUCUUGGAUAAGAUCACAGACACUUUGAUUCACCUGAUGGCCAAAGCUGGGCUCUCUUUGCAACAACAGCACAGACGCCUGGCUCAGCUCCUCCUGAUCCUGUCUCACAUCAGGCACAUGAGCAACAAAGGUAUGGAGCACCUGUACAGCAUGAAGUGCAAGAAUGUGGUUCCACUCUAUGACCUGCUCCUGGAGAUGCUGGAUGCCCACCGCUUACACGCACCAGGGAACAGAGGAUCUGCCCCCAUGGACGAAGACAACCAGAACCAGCUAGCCACUGCGUCAACUUCAUCGCAUUCCUUGCAAACCUAUUAUAUCACAAGGGAUGAGGAGAGUUUCCCCACCACAAUCUAAAAGCUCUUGAGUCCCAAAUCCCAUGAGGUCCUGAGAAUCCCAGCAGCAUAAUACCUACUUCAUGCAUCACUUAAGCUGAAUAACGUCACACAAACACACUCCAGUAUGCAUCCAUCACCAGUGAUUUUGAAUAUCAGUGGCCAUUCAUUCGCUUGCUACCAUUCUCAACAGCAAAAUUCAGUUGUUGCAAAUAAGCCAACAGGGAUUCCAGGGCCAAGUUACUUGUAAUUUUUUGCAAUGGCUCUUUUUACCCCCUUUGCUGCAUUAAUUAGCUUAAGGAUUCCUGUAGCUCUUCACGACUGAGCUCAGCCUAAGAGCUGGGUCUCAAUGGGCCCUUUGCUUUAAAGCCAUGUUGAAACCCUGACCUAGGAGGUAGGCAGGUAACAGUUCUGUUAACACAUGCCUUUUGUUGGCUGGCUCUAAGAAAGAAUAACUUACACAAAUUUCAGCUAGUUUCUUUAAUUGCUGGCUUAGGAAAGGAUAGGUCAUGGGUUAGUUAUAACCUACUCUUGUAUUCCUAUAGAACUGUAUCAUUUUUAUUAAA